CUGGCACGUCCCGUUGCUACUGACCAGCCUGCUCUCUCUCGCUCUGCUCAGGGUGAAGCCGGGAGGAAGGAUCCGGGCCGUCCAGCUAACUGCUUGGUCAUGGAUGGCUUAACGGAGACUAAAGCAUAUGAAAUGUGCACCUCGGCAUAUCGUAGAACGACCUGCUUAUUGGGCCAUGACAGUUUUGUAGAAUUCCAGCCAUUAUACGAGAAAGUUGAUCCGGUUACCUUCUGGCUUUCUCAUCCUAUUCAUAUUAUAAGAGGGAACUGUGAUGUUGUUAAAAUUUAUAUGGUCUGGCCCAUCCUUAUUAAACAAAUUGAUUAUAUGAAAUACAUACCGAACCGACUUGCAGAUUAUUCCGACAUGAGCAUAAAAGAAUUAAACUUCAUCGAGCUCUUAGAAGAUCUUGCAGACCUAGUUAAGAAAGUGGCGGAUGAUCGACUUGCUAUAGAGGGCAUACUAAGGAUUGGGACCAAACUGCGAGCUGGCCGAACUAGGAAGCUUUUGGCCGAAGCCUUAAAUUGGGUCCAGGCCACAGGGGACAAAGUGCUUCAUAACAAACUCCAAGAGCAGGAAAAUAUCAGCAGUCCUGCACUGCCGGCUUUCUUUAUUGACUAUGCAUUAUAUAUAUCCAGGAUGGCAGAAGAGGGUCUGACCCUGGUGUCGGUGUUUAAAAACCAAAGCUGUCCAACGUGUUCAGAGGUGGCUGAAACAAUGAAGAUUUUGGGAAAUAAUGCGUUUACAAAUGAGCAGUUUAAUUUGGCAGUGGAAAAUUAUUCUAAAGCAAUACAAUACAGUCCCAACAACCAUCUUCUCUUCAGUAAUCGAUCGCUCUGCUUCACUCGAAUGGGGAAAUUCGGGAAAGCUCUAGCUGAUGGGAAAAAAGCAGUCAUUCUUAAACAGAAGUGGCCUAAGGGUCAUUAUCGCUUUUGCGAAGCGCUUUUUCUGAUAGGAGAAAGAGAACGAGCAUUGGCGUCUAACGAAAAAGCGCAAGAACUGUGCAAAGACAGUCCUGAUGGUAUACGAGAUUUAAUACAGCAGCACGCAAAGUUCAAAACGCAAAUCGAAGAAAUUAAAGAACAGAAAUUGAGGAAGAAAUCUUUCAAGAAGCAAAUGCAGGAAAAAAAGCUCGCUGCAUUAUUUUCAUCCACAUUGGAAAAAGAGAACAGAAAGUUACUCUCUUAUGUUAAAGAGGAUGCCAUCGUUAAGGAACCUGUUAAUGUAAAUGUUACAGAAAAUAAGGAAUGUCCUGAAAUCACUGGUCAAAAUCAUAAGAAAGGAAAAUCGAAAGCCAAAGGUGUUGAUUGUGAAAAAUUAAAGGAGGCUCAUAGUAAGCCAGAUUCAAAUGGGACUCCAAUUAAUGAAUCCUGUAAGGCAUCACAAAUGGAUUUGCCUUCACUUGAAGAUUUCGUUAAAUCCCAGGUGCAUGAGGGAUGCACAGCUUUGGAGAACCAGCGUUGUCACAGUGCGCUCGGAAUCUUUUCCCGCCUAUUAGAUAUCUUGGGAGAAACGGAUUUCAAGAAGCUACAUCUCAAUAAUAUAGACUGUGCUGUACUCGAGUAUGGCCAUGCAAAUGCUCUACUUGGCACUGGACAAUGUCAUGAGUUGACCAAAGCUGAAGAGCAGUUCAAACGGAUCCAAACUCAGUACACCAAAGAAAGAUUUAGCUGUCUAGCAGUUUAUGGAAUUGGGAAUGUCUAUUUUAGACAGAACAGAUUUUCAGAUGCCUUAAAACAGUAUGUUAAAUCACAGACCAUGGUGGCACAUAAGAUUGUACCAGGGGUCCUGAACUGGCCCUUAACAGAUGUUGUCAUUAAUGAAAGCAUUCCAGAAAAAUUAAAGUUGAUUUUGGAAAACCGUAUAGAAGAAUGCAAGUUCCCUCCAAGCCCUGAUGCUAUUUGUCGCUUUGAGAAAUGCCUCAGCGUGCCUAAAAUCCAAAUCUAUUUUACAGAUCCAGAUUUCAAGGGUUUUAUUCGUAUGUGGUGCAGUCUACUUUGUAAAGUCGAAUUUCAUAUUUGCUGUUGGAAGAAACUUAAAGCUAGUGCUUACUCUGAUAAGAUCGAUAAGGAUUUCCUUAAAAAUGCCUGUCUUACCCCAGACUGCAAGGGAAGAAUUUGUCAUAUUGUUAUCUAUGAUUCCACGGGAGUAGUGAAAUGUGAGUUUGAAGAUAAAAUUGUUAGAAAGAAAGAACCCCCGAGAGCUACAUCUAAACAGAAAACGAAUAGCAACAAGAAAUUUAAAAUGAAGCCUGAAAAUAAAGCCGAGCAUAAGAAAAUAUCACAAGAAGAUAUCGUAAUGCUGCCAGGCAAUGAGAUAUAUAAAAAUUCCAUGAGAACAUGUUGUAGGUUUGAUUUAAAAGCAAUCGAUAAUCACAAUGAAAUAAUGUUAAUGCAAAUUGCACAGAAGAAGGUGGUGAUUAGGUAUGGACUCUGCGACACUAAGGAAUUCCAAGACUUGUUAGUCUUAUGGAAUGUUAUAAGUUCCGAAGAACUUGAAGCCUUUUCCUUUCAGACGUCCUGCCAGUGUGGGCACGAAGAGAUGACUCUUCUCUUACAGCACCUGUUCGAAAUGAACAACAGAGUGAAGACUAGGAUUUUUCUCUUCUGUCUGGAAAAGUGUGGUCAUUCAGUAACAUUAGAUCUUCUUGAAUGGCUAUUUAUAGUUGACGAGGCAGGUUUUGAGGCGGCCGAAAACUUUCACAUAAUGUACCUAGAAUUGCUGAAUAAUCUUAAUCUGGAGUCUGUAAUUAAUCCGUGGAACGAGACCUAUGGAAAGUAUCUAAAUUUCCCUCUCAAGGAAAGUACCAUGGAGAAAGUGAUUGCUAAAUUGCAUGAAGCCGAGCUAUUUCGUUUCUUCAUAUGGUUUCUAGACGAGAACAGGGGGACAAUCACAUACCGAGGCCUGGAGGAGGUUUUAGAUAUAUAUUUUACAGACAUGGAUGCACCAUAUUAUAAUUUUAGAGCCAAAUCCACGAAUGAAAACAAUUCCACUAAGUGUAUCAAAGUGAAAAACAAACACAAGAAAAAGAAGCAGAACCAGACAAAGACUGUUUACACGUAUUCUGGGGGUGUGAGCACUAGACCGCAGGAGGAAGACAUUUUCACUGAAGAGAAUACUCUAAGCCUGCUGAAUCCACAUGAACCAUUUCUAGUGCCCGACUUUUUGCGUCAUCAGAUAGAAGAAUUUGAGACCAUUUACGAACCUGAUUUUGGUUUAAGUCGGUUCCACCGGCCGGAUAUUCAGACGGCAGAUGUUGUGCGGGAAACACUCUAUGAUUAUUUUUCUCAGAUUUUAGAUGAACACGGGCCUUUGGAAGUAGACAACCAGCUAUUGGUUGGAGAAUAUAAUGGGUUUCCUGACGACACUCACAGACUGGUGGAAGAAUCUGGGGGUCUUAAGAAAUUUCUCCUGGAGUCAAACCGUUUUGCUAUGGUGGGAGACCUACUUGGGCUACCGAUGCAAGCAGCUCUCUUGGAAAGUGAUGUUGUUGGACCCACACUGAACCCGACUGCUCAGGAAUUUAGUCCUACGGCUAAUAAACCUUGUAGUGAAAUAUUCCAUACUAAUAACACUUCAACUAUACCAUAUUAUCCCUAUAGUACUAUAGCGAUUAAUUCACCUACAGCUCUACCCAGCGACCUUUUAACUAAUAAUGCACCACUGCCCUAUUCUUUGCUUGAUACAAAUCAUGGAUCUGUGCCUUUAAUGACUAUGGGAACAACAGUUAUUCCUGAUCAGAGUAUAGGACUGAUACCUGCCAUGAAUGUAGAUCUAUGUUAUAUUAAUGUGGGUAGUACUGGUUCAUAUAAUUUAAGUAGGCCAGAAACAGUUCAACAGACAAACAUCCAGGUGAAUCAAGAAUCGUCGUAUGUUAAACCUUGGAACAUCACUGAUCUCUCUCCACAAAAGAAUAAUCUCCAAUCUGUUACUCCACGGAAUAAGCAGACUGCCAUAGUAGCUGUCCAGGUAGAUAUAGAGACGGCUGAGCAUGAUGUCAAUACCGAUCCAUAUCAACCAUAUGAAACUCAGCAGGGUGAUAUUCUGCGCAUGGAAAAAGAACUUAUAGUAGUCAGAGAGCACAUGAAAGAAGCAACAGAUAAAUAUGACCAUCUUGACAGUCGCUAUCAGGAGGAAAUAACUGGAUUCAGUAAACAGAUCCAUGAAGCUAUAGAAACAAAUAAGAUUGCAAAGAAAGAAUUUGAAUGGCUCAAUCAAGAGUCUGAGAUUGAAGCUAAGAAAUGGCAGCAGGAGAAAAAAGAAAAUCAGGACAAAAUCAGAGCGAUAAAGAAUAAUAAUAAAGUAGUAACAGAGACAAACGAGAGAUAUUCUAGGGAGAUUGAGGAGAAGAAGAAACAAUAUGAAAAAUAUUUAGAUAAUUUUCUUCAUAUAUGUGUCGGGAAUUUUGAGAAGGAGAGAUCUAUGUUGGAGGAACGUAUUAAACAACUACAAGAAGAAUUAGAGGAAAUCCAUGCAAGAGCUGUCGCCGCUGAGGUAAAUGUGCUGGAAAAUAGAAAGCAGAGUGAACUAUUAAAGCUAAGGAGCAAGUCGACGAAGGCAGAAAGCCAUAUGCAUCAAUUAAAAGCCAUGGCCAUCAGCCACCAAAACUCUGCAGAAACUCGGAAACAGAUGAGCAAUCUGGAAUCUUUCCUUUCAACAGUCGCACCGGAAACUGAGAACAUUACGUCAAAGUUUGAUGAGAAAAUCAAGCUGGUGAAAAGUGGUACCAAGCUGUGUAAUGUCAUAGAAAUCCCAGCGAGCAGCAUGCAGCCCGUCUUACAAAGUCAAUCAUCGACCCAGGCAUCAUCAACUCCAUCUGCUCAUUCUAGUCCUUCACCUCCAGCUUCUCUAAAGUCCCCAAAAAAGAAUAAGACCGUAACUAAAAUUACCCCAUCAAAGGAAGCUAUGAAGGUUCCUUCUGUACCUCCUGGCGCUAUCAAGCCAAAGGUCCAGAAACCGGCAUCAGCAGUGGAAAGAGGGGCAUUUGGUAAGGAGAAAAGAGACCAGCUGCCACCUGAAACAAGACAUCUGUCCCCUGCUAAACAAACACCAUUCGAUCGGAUCAUCGUGGAACUGCAGGAAAUAUUCCCUCACUACAAAAGUGGAGAGCUUGCAGUCUUCAUUAAGGAGGUACGUAGCAGGAUAGGAGGCACUCUGAGCGGAAUGAAUAAAGAUGAAAUCAUUGCUAGAGUCACGGAGUACAUACUGGACCAUCAGGCCAAGUGUGGGAGUUCGACAAAUCAGGCUGCAACAGUAGGAAUUGUUCCUAAACCGGUACAGCCUGGUCCUCAGCCGGCCCCUGCAGCCCAGAGUAAGGCACCUUGGAGAGUAGUGACCAGUUCUUCAAAGAACAAGUUUCAGAAAUCGAACAAAUGCGAGUUUCCCUCUGAUGAACCCUGUAUUAUUUGUCAUGAUGAACUCCGACAAUACCCUCUGCACAUGCUGGACUGUGGACAUUGUUUUCACAAACAUUGCAUAACAAAAUGGCUGCACACACAAAGCACAUGCCCGACUUGUCGAGACCACGCUCUGCUGCCUGAAGAUUUCCCUGCACUCUCUGGAAGACUGAGAACCGCCUAGUAUAAUUGCCAAAAAACAGGGCACAUAGCUUGCUUUUCCUGUAUUCUGGCAAUGUAUUGUUUUACAAAUUUCAGCCUUUUUUUCCAGAGGGAAGAGACAGCAUUGCGCCUGUUUGUCAUUCACACGGAUAAACCUUGUUGUACCAGUUUCAAGCAGCAACAUUUGCUGGAUGUUUAAAUAUACAUAUUGCUUUUAUCUUAUUCCUGGUUUCCAUUUGGCAAACCGCGUAUAAUUUUCUAUCACAAUAGUUUUCUGUUUGCUUUUUCCCGUAUGAUGGGAGCAGCUCAUGUAAAAUGUACUUUAAGGUUAAUUUGUGAAUCAUUAGGAUUACGGCAAACAAACAAAUAGUUGGUAUUUUACAAAAUGCUCUGCAAGGAAUGGUACAUGGGCUUUUUCUUAAACAUCAGCACCCAAGCCAUUUUACCUUGCUUUCAUUUCAUGUCCGUAAAGAGCCAGAUGGUUAGAGUUGCCCCAAACAAGUGAGUUUCUUCUCUGUAUCCAUUGGGGACAGAUAUAAAGUCAUAUAACAUCGCAUCAUAUAAAAUGGUUAUAUUAUUAUAAAAAUAAAUAAUAAAAAGUGAAGACAAUACUGAUUUGCUUCACUUUACCAUUAAAAAUAAAUAAAAGUACUGCUUAUUUAAAGGACCUGCUGUAAUACUAAGUUACCCGUUGGAUUAUUGUUAAUGGUAUUAGGAAUGCCAGCUCGCAGUUGGGGAAUCUGCAUUUCAGUAAUAUUCAAUAUCUAUCGAGCAUUUGUCUACAUUUAAUGUGCCAAUAUAUCACAGAAUAUUCAGUGAUAUAACUAUUAGCACCAGAUUUAUCAAAGUGUCACGGUCUGAAAA